GUGUGCCGUAGUUCAAGAUGGCGACCACCGGUGUUCAUAACGACUGCGUUGAUGAUGAUUUGCCCAAAGCGGUUCAGGUGCUCAACAAACUCACUGAACAGGUGGUGUCUGUCACAAGCCAUGUUCGGGACCUAAUAAAGAAAGUCCAAGAAAAGGAAUAUCAGACCUCCAAGGGUUUGUCUUUUUUGGACCUGAAAUACCACCUUCUACUGUUUUACCUCCAAGAUGUUACUCAUCUGAUGUGCGUUAAGACAAAUGGACAGAGUUUGAUCGACAGCGCUGCCAUCCAGAGACUUGUCACCAUAAGAACUAUUCUGGAGAAGAUGCGUCCUCUGGAUCAGAAGUUGAAGUAUCAGAUUGAUAAGUUAGUGCGAACUGCUGUCACCGGAAGUCUGUCUGAGAACGAUCCUUUACACUUUCGUCCAAAUCCUGAGAAUCUUGUCAGUAAGUUCAGUGAGCAUGAGGAAGAAGAUGAUGAUGAUGAUGACGAUGAAGAAGAUGGAGAUAAGAAAGAUUCUCAGAAAGCAGGGCUCACUAAUGACAGGAAAUAUAGACCACCCAAGAUUGCUCCAGUUCAUUAUGCCGGGGAUCUGACAGAGGCAGACAGGCAGAAGGAUCUCGCCGAUAAACAGAAGAAAGCGGCUCUACGUAGCUCUGUCAUCCAGGAGCUCCGGCAGCAGUACAGCGACGCUCCUGAAGAAAUCCGAGACCGCCAGGACUUCCAGACCGAUAGAGAGAUCCGAGAAGAGCAGCACAGAAAAUACUAUGAGGAGUCCAUGAUGGUACGUCUGAGCCUUACACGAGACCAAAAGGCCAAAAAGAGGCGGAUGGUGGGAAUGACCACGCAGCUGGGCAACAUCACACACUUCAGCGACAUCACGGCACUGACCGGCAGACAGGCAACGGACUUGGACAAUACCAGACCCAAGAAGAAGAAGAAAGUGAUGAAGAAGAAAGCUAAAAAGAAAAUGUUCAAGAAACGCAAGUAGGAUUUUUCAACAUCAAGACAUCAAAUAUCAGUUCCUCUGGUUCACUUUUCUUUAUCGUUUCAGAAAUAAAACAAUAAUAAAAUGAACAAGCUGUAA